UUGAUAAUAGAGAUCAACAUUUCAAUUUUCAUCCAUAAAAGUGUAUUGAAACGAAACAUCCUCGUGUUGCUGCUGGAGAUGUGUUGCUGCCAGCAUCCUACACCAGUAAGUUUUGGAUAUGGAAGUGUACGAGAGCAUACUCUCUCUCGGCAAGGGUGCAACAGCUACUGUAUUUUUGAUGAAGCAUGUCGAGACGUGCAAACUGUACGCGGUGAAAAGAGUAGGAGUUGACAGCUCGCAUAAAACUCGCACCAAAGAAGCGGUGUUGCAAGAGGCAGACAUACUGAAGAAACUCAAACAUCCACAUGUCGUCAGCUGCUUCGAUGCAGUUUUUGAUUCUGUCAACCAGUUCGUGCACAUUGUGAUGGACUACUGUGAUGGUGGCACACUUGAUGACCAAAUCCAAGCUCACAAGCCUAAUGACUAUUUUCCAGAAGGUAAGGUUAUGGAAUGGUUUGUACAGGUUACCAUGGCUGUCAGUUUUAUACACUCAGCUAAAGUCCUGCACAGAGACAUCAAAACUUCCAAUGUCCUCCUGACAAAAAAGGGAAUUCUGAAGAUUGGAGAUUUCGGAAUUUCUAAGAUGAUGAGCAACACAUUGGAUUUAGCUCGCACAUGCGUUGGCACACCCAACUACCUGAGUCCAGAGCUCUGCCAGGACGUCCCAUACAGUACCAAGUCAGACAUAUGGGCACUGGGCUGCUUACUGUAUGAGAUGUGUGCCCUCAAACCACCGUUUGAUGCCACCAACCUCCUGAGUUUGUUUUUCAAAAUCAUCAAAGGUGACUAUGAACCCGUGUCCCAGAGGUACUCCGAAUCACUUCACUUGCUCAUCAAGUCCAUGUUACAUGAGGAGCCUGAAGCCAGGCCGAGCGCUAACAGCAUCCUGAACACCGCCUUUGUCCAAGAUCACCUGGGCCAUUUUGUUCAUCACAGGGUGACCAAGGUCAGUAAGGUGGUCACGGACUGUCAGGCGCCACCCAAAGAGGAGGCUGCUGGUGAGCUGCCACACCAAGACUGUGGACUACAGAACAUUAUGGAGGCCUGCAUGGAGGAUGGAGAUGAUGCUACUAAAGUAUCCAUGGUACCACUGGACGUCAGACAGCAAGGGACAGAUGAGGGGGAGGAAGAUGACAUGGGCUCGGACUACUCAGAAGACUUUGAUGACCACGAAAGUUUGUCUUCUGCUGAGGACAGCAUGGACAGACUCGAGUCACUCUCACAUGAUCCGGCUGCUGCAGGGGACGAUGUUACAUGUGUUUGCACAGACACAGCUGAGGAGACGGAGCCAACCGACUACCCAGAUGACUUUGAGGAGGUGGACGAGGAGGAGGAGGAAGAUGAGGAGGAGGACUUAGCUGGUGUGGUCAGUAAUGCCAGAGUUGCCAUGGAGAUGAGGAUGGAGAUGGAGGAGGAGGAGCAGGCCUUUGAGGAGGAGGUGCAGCUGAAGGAUGCUGGAGGCCUGCUGGUCACCAUGAAGGUCCUCAGAGACAGAUACAUGGAGGAUGUCGGGUCGUCUCUUUACAUGGAGAUCAGCGAUCACUUUGCUAAUGGAUUGACCCCAAAGGACUUGCUGCCACAGUUUGAGCAUGUGUUAGUUGAGACUGAAAACCAGUGUCUCCUGAGACUGCCUGGUGCCUGCUUGUGUUUGUUGACAUUCGGUCUCGUGGGAACUGCACAAACAUCCAGGCGCAAAUGGUACGAAGACGACGGCAGAAAUGAGGUGGCACUUCUGAAAUACUUAUUUUAUUUUAUUUUUUUGCACACCGACGUCAUGCUGAGCCAGUGUUUGAAUAAAUGAACCAACCGAAUAAGGAGAGAGAUGCAGCACAUUCAUACAUUCAUUGCCUGGAGGACACUGGGAGGAAAAGUACAAAAAUGUGCACUUUUCAUGAACCCAAACACAGGAUGGGUCACAGCCGACCCAAGAAAGAAAACGCAAGCAGCUGUGUGUGUUUUCUUUCAGCUUUUUUUUCUGUCAUUAAAAAUUAACACGUCA